AUGGAUAGCGAUAUAAACUCGUUAGAUAUGGACCGAGAUUGUGAAGUAAUUAAUUUAUUAGAAGAGAGGACCGAGAUUAACAGUAAUGACGAAAAUUCGUUAUUAUUAUAUGAGAGGACAGAAAGAAGUCGCGCAGAGAAGAGAAAUCGGGUGGUAGACGAGGAAGAAGUUUGGACAGAAGUCGGUAGAAGAGGUAAAGUAGUGGCACGCAGUGCGUCUGACGAUGAUAUGACUAGAGUACCAGAAGAACAAAUUGAGAUAAGUAUGACAUCGAAAAAGGAGAAGUUACCUAAGCAAUUAGGAUUGGCCCGUAUCCUCAAGCAGGAAAAUAUAUUAGAUAUUAUUCGAUAUGAAAGACAUCAAGAGGACACUCUUCAGGAAAACCUACCUAGGACAACUCAAUCAGAUAACAAUAUAACAUACGCAGAGGUGUUAAAAACUACAGCCGAAGUACACAGGGAGCAGGACACAACCCUUAAUUCUAAUACAUCGGUAUUUAACACAAAAAAAAAGAAAGCAAGAAAAGACCAAGAAAAGGUUCAAACUGAUGAGGAGUACACUUUAGAAUUAGAUUCUGAUAUUGAUCUAGAGCUACAGGAGAGAGAAGAUAUCCAACAAAGAGAGAAAUUUAAUAAAUUUGAUGAGAAAAUUCAUAUUGCGGUCUUAAGUGAAACGUGGUUAAAUUCCAAUGUUAACUUUAGGAUAUCUGGCUAUAAUAUAGUUCGCGAGGAUAGGGACGACGGAUAUGGUGGUGUAGCAAUUAUAGUUCAUGCCUCCAUUAAAUAUCAAUUAUCUAAAAUAAAUUGUACAAAUCCUGGAAUACAACUUAUACAUCUAAAAUUACUGAAUUGUUUUCAAAUAGAAAAUAUCAUUGCUAUCUACUGUCCGCCAUCCGUGCAGACUACAACAAGCGAUUGGGAUUAUAUUUUUGGCAUUUAUAACAAUAAAACUUUGAUUGCUGGAGACUUUAAUGCUCAUCAUUCGAAUUGGUCAUAUAAGACAGAUAACAGGGGUAGUCAACUUUUUGAUGUAUUGCUUGAUAAAAAUUAUAUAACUCUGAAUGACGGAUCACCUACUAGAAUUAAAUUGGUCAAUGGCAGUCUACAAAAAUCUUCUCCCGACAUUACAUUGGUAACAAGUGAUAUCGCUUUAAAGUUUACUUGGGCAAUGUCAAAUGAAUCGUUAGGGAGCGAUCAUCUCAUCAUUAAAUAUUCCUUGUAUAACAAUAAUCAGAGUCCUAACUUCGUUCGAAAGAGGAACUUUAAAAAAGCCAAUUGGAAUGGUUAUUCUAGUUUUCUUCAAAGCAUCUUCUCCGUUUUGAUAUUGGCAGCCAAUCCUCAGAAGGCGUAUAAUCAAUUCGUUGACGCUAUUAAUACUGCUGCUAAUAUAUAUAUACCCCCAGUUAACAUUUGUCAAGACCCAUUAAGACUUAAAAAAUUUGUUCCUAAAUCAUAUUGGAAUGUAGACAUCUCUCGCUCGAUAGCGGAACGGAGACUUGCAUUAGCAAUUUUUAGGAAAAACCCUACGCCCCAUAAUUUAAGCAAUCUUCAAGCUAAAAUUGCUUCUGCACGGAGAACUAUUCGUAAAGCUAAAAGAGAAGCUUGGAGAAAGUUCUGUAGUAGUAUUAAUGAAAUUGUGUCCCUUAGUGAAAUGUGCCGUCGAAUGCGAUGGUUAAAAGGAUACCGUUUACCUAGGGCUAACAUUGAUGAAACUAUUGCCAAUAAACUUUUACGUAAUUUAUCCCCAGAUUAUGUUUCGCCAGAUAAGCCUUCUUUUACUUCGAGUAAUCAAGCCCUGGAAAGCAUCAUAACUCUACAUGAACUCAACCGAAUCACAAAUAAAUUACACGAAUACGACACGUUACGUAAAAUUAAUUUAGUUAAUACGAGUAAGGGAGUUUUAUGCGUUAGCAAGAUGAGUUUCUUAACUUCCUUGGGCCAAUAUGUGGCCGGCGUGGCCGAUAGUGUUGCUGGCUUGGCUCUAUCACCGCGACGAGCUCCCCCAUCUCGCCAUCGCUCUGCUGAAGAAUCUCAGCAACAACCGCAGCCUUCGACAGCAACAAUGAGAGGUAAACAAAAA